ACACGAUGAUGAGCUGAUGAUCCAUCUGAAAUCCAAUAAUAGAACCAGCAACUGAAAGUCAGAGAAAACACCCAACACUUCUUCUUCUUCUUCUUCUUCUUCAAGUCUUCAAGCAACAGUUACCAGAACUCAAAUGAAAGCCAAAACAGUGAAAGGAAAUUUGAGCUCAAGAUCAAACAAGCUCACCUUCCCUUACAUCUUCCUCAUAUGCAUCUUCUUCUUCCUCGCUGGAUUCUUCGGUUCCACUCUCUUCUCUCACUCUCAGGACGAUGGACGUGGCUUGAGGCCGAGACCGAGGCUGCUUGAGUCAUCGGAGAAGGCCGAGUACAAUUUGAUGACUGCAGGAGAGUUCGGUGACGAUUCCAUCACAUCGAUUCCUUUUCAGGUUUUGAGCUGGAAGCCUCGAGCUCUAUAUUUUCCGAAUUUUGCGACUGCGGAACAAUGUAAAAGUAUAGUUGGUGUAGCAAAGGCUGGCCUCAAGCCAUCAGCGUUGGCGUUACGCGAGGGAGAAACCGAGCAGAAUACCAAGGGAAUUAGAACAAGCUCUGGUGUGUUUGUUAGUUCUUCUGAGGAUAAAACAGGGACUUUAGCUAUCAUUGAGGAGAAAAUUGCUCGAGCAACAAUGAUUCCCAGGAGUCACGGAGAGGCAUUUAAUAUCUUACGCUACGAGGUCGAUCAAAGAUAUAAUCCUCAUUAUGAUUCAUUCAAUCCUGCUGAAUAUGGCCCACAAAAGAGCCAAAGGAUGGCUUCAUUUUUGCUGUAUUUAACUGAUGUCCAGGAAGGUGGCGAGACUAUGUUUCCAUUUGAGAAUGGCUUGAACAUGGAUGUCAGCUAUAGAUACGAAGACUGCAUUGGCUUAAGAGUAAGGCCACGACAGGGUGAUGGACUUCUAUUUUAUUCAUUGUUCCCUAAUGGUACAAUUGACCCGACAUCACUCCAUGGGAGCUGCCCCGUGAUAAAGGGGGAGAAGUGGGUUGCUACAAAGUGGAUAAGGGAUCACGACCAGGAUUAUUAGAUAAUUGGCUCCUGCAAUCAACAUUUUGUGUAUUUGAUCAGAUGCUGAGAUGUACUACUAGCUGGGAAUGAUAUUGAGUGGCUCCAUUGGCCCCUACCUUUUGACUCCUAAGUUGAUUGCCGAUUAUCUAUUUUUACUGCAAGGCCGCAGAUUUUGUACGAUAUUUAUAAUUGAAUAGGUUCAGAAUCAAAACUAUAUGCCAUCUAACUCAAGGGGUUGGUUCAGUGGAGUAAAA